GCAAGAAACACACGACUGUCAGUCAGCCAGUCAGACAGACUAUCAGACAGGUCUUUGGUGAGCCUGUCUCCGUUUUUGGCAUCGCUCCAACAGGGAUUGAAAUCCGACAGUCACACCGGGCCCGGACAGGCUUAGGAAUUGAACCGGCGACUACAGUGCAGGUGUAUUACGAGCAUCAGGUGUUGAGACCAUGGUAACCACAUCGAGGGCAGUGGUCUGUCUGUUUGUCUGGCUGUCUGUUUGUCAGGUCAGAGGCGCUUACAUCUCCGAGAAGAUGAAUGAAACCAUCCGGAACCUCCUGCAGUACUAUAACAUUUCCAAUGUUCAGAGGUUUGACGGGAAUCCUGUCUUCUCCAAAGAACUGAUUGGAGGCGUGGAGGAAAAUAUGGUGUUAAUGGGUGGUGUUUUGGACACCUAUGAAAAGCUGUUUCAUCACAUGUUGAAGAAUCUGCCAACCCCAAGUCCCCAGCUAGCCACCUCUGGUACUGCCAGUAAUGCCGAGAAAGGAGCAGACAGCGAUGUCAAGACGGCGCUAGAAUACCUCUUGAAAAUGGUCGGAGACCUGAAGAAAUCCCAUUACCAAAAGCAGGGGAUGCUUCUGAAGAGACUGCAUGAGAUCAGUCACAUCAAGAUGGAACAACGGGUCAUCCAGAGCAAAGCAUUGGGGGAGCUGACGUGGUUUUUUGAGGUGGCGCACUCACUGCAGCACAAGAGGAAGCGACGGCACGCACGGAGGGUCAAAACAUACCGGAGAGCCUGAGACUUCCACAGUGACAUCAAUGAUGACAAAAACAGUAAAACAACAAUGCAUAAUAUGUUAUGAAAAUUGAUCAAAUAACAUCAUGAGAAACAGUAUAUCAAAAAUAUUCUAACUGCAACCAAUGUGCCUAUUUUUAAAAACAAUUUUGUGAGAGUAAAUUAUUAAGUAAUUAUUUAAUAGAUUAUAAAAUGUUUAUUAAUAUGUAACAGUGAACCAGCAGCCUAAGCCUAGUAAAUAUUGUAGUUUUGCUAAAUUUAUAUAUUAUUUAAGGAAGUUUGGUGCUCAAUACUUGAAAACAGCCUUGUGGUUUGAUCCUGUAAAUGUUCAUCACUACAGGAUCCAGAGAGCUAAUUACAUGGAGUUUAACUUACUUUAUCAAUAUCACAAUUUCUAUUUGUUUAUAAACUGCAGAUGAUGUAAUGCAGAUGAUUUAAUGCUCAGAAAAUCUACUAGAUACAAAAUUUUGAUUUACAAAAAUCAAGUUAGUUAUAAUAAUUAUUUUAGGUAAAUCAAGUGUUUUUUUUUCUUUUUUAGUAUUUAUCAAAUGCACAACAAAAAAUAAUCAACAAAGAGGGAAAAGGAUCAGCUACUGCAAGGCAAAAAUUUUGAUAUUUAUUUAAUUUUUCUUAUGAAAUUCCUCCUCAAUGCGCUCUGAUUGGAUGGUGGUGGAGAGGUGGGUGGUGCCAGACUGACAGGCUCCUGUCAGUCUGUGAAAUGUCUGAAAACUUGUUUGAAAACCACCAUGUCUGUAUGUGAAUUUCUCAGAUGCUAAUUGUGUUUUACAUGGAAUAUCAAUUGUGAAAUCUGCACAUGUGAGAUACCUGAAAAUCACAUAUGCAUGCAACAUAUGUAUCACAUGUGAAAUGUUCAAAAACCACAAGUGCCUUGAUGUGAAAUUGCUCAUGGGAUAAACAUGUGAAAUAUGUUAUACACAUGGCAAAUUCCCAUAUACAUGUACAUCAAGAGAAUUCAAAUCUCUCUGAUUCGAUAUUUUUUUUACUGCAAAACUCACUUUCUCUUGGAAAGUUUGCAGUCACUGCAGAAACUGCCCACCAACUUCUCCACUGUACCGCCUAAACAAAGUGAUGAUAAUGUUUACAGUACACACAAAGUACACCAUACUUCAAUGUACUUCAAGUCCAAGUACUUCACUGUAGUACAUUUACUCUGUUGCUGAGGUUCAAGUACUACUGCUCAGGGGAUUUUAUAUUCUACUGACAUUUAAUGAGUUUAUAUAUUUAUUUUUGUAUUUAAAGUGUUAAUUUAAUACUGGAAUUAUAUUGUUGUAACUGAUUGUUAUUUAUUAUGUAUUUA